AUGACAAAACAAAAGCUUCUGCUCAACGGGACGUUCUCCUUGUUUCUGAUUGUGGCUUGUGAAGCUCAGCAGCUCCCGAGAAGUCAUGUUGCUGCUAGUUCUGGUCCUGUGUGUGAGAAGGAAGCAGAGUCCUGGGGAAACCUUUUCAGCAGCGAGCGGCUGGAUGCCUGGAUCUGUUCCCUCAUCGGUUCGUUCAUGGUGGGGCUGAGUGGGGUCUUCCCCUUGCUGGUGAUCCCAUUUGAGACAGGAGCUGCUCUGCGGUCAGAAGCUGGGUCACAUCGUUUGAAGCAGUUGUUGAGUUUUGCAAUUGGUGGACUACUGGGGAAUGUGUUUCUGCACCUGCUUCCUGAAGCCUGGACCUACACAUGCAGUGCAACAACAGGAGAAGGGCAGAGCUUUCAGCAGCAGAAGCUUCUGGGUCUCUGGGUGAUCACUGGUUUCCUGACCUUCCUGGUGCUAGAGAAGAUCUUCCUAGAGAAAGAAGAGGAAGCAUGCCCUGGUGUGGGCUGUGAUUCCAAAGCACCAGCUAGAAAGAUUCCCAAUGGAAGUGGCUACCCCCUGCCGAAGGUCACAGGCCAACCCCAAAGAGCAGGAGCAGAUUCAAAUCAGUGUAAUGGUUCCGCUCUCCAGUCUUGUCCAACAGACAACAGAAUCAAGAUAAGUGGAUACCUCAAUCUGCUGGCCAACACCAUUGAUAACUUUACACACGGCCUGGCAGUAGCAGCCAGCUUCCUGGUUAGCAGAAAGGUUGGGUUCCUAACCACAAUGGCCAUUCUCCUGCAUGAAAUCCCACAUGAGGUUGGAGACUUUGCCAUCCUACUUCGGGCUGGCUUUGACCGCUGGAGUGCAGCCAAGUUGCAGCUUUCCACAGCUCUGGGGGGGAUUCUAGGAGCCUGCUUUGCAAUAUGUUCUCAGUCACCAAAAGGAGCAGGGGAAACGAUCGCCUGGAUCCUCCCUUUCACUUCUGGAGGAUUUCUGUAUAUUGCCUUGGUAAAUGUUGUGCCUGAUCUCCUGGAGGAAAAGAAUCCUUGGAACUCCCUGCAGCAAAUUCUGCUCCUGUGUACAGGCAUUACAGUCAUGGUGCUACUCUCGCUCACAACUGAGUGACCUCUGCGCAGACCUCAUGAUGCCUCCCAGAGCCACCACAGUGACUCUGAGCUGUUACAAAGCAAUAAGGAACACUAAUGUUACUUCCUAUGUGUGUGCGUGCAGAUCUGGCUGCUAGUAUGAGAAGCAGGUGAGAAAGAGGUCUGGGUGUGCAGGACUUCAUUCCCUGGCUCUCCUAUCCCUGUUCUGCUAAAAUCCACACAUCAGGGCUUCCAGGUUUUUUUUGUUUCUUUUGUGGUUUUUUUAUGGAGCAAAAGAUACACUGAGCAGAAAUGAACUGAA